AUGUUAAAUAAAGAAAAAUCGACAAAAGAAAGUGAAUUACAUGGUAAACAAAGUGGUUCACCUGCUUGGAAAUUGUCACGUGGAGAAAGAGAUCAACAAAAACAAAAAAAAGAUGAAUGGAUUGAUCGACUUUAUGUAUGUUCAAAUAUUCAAAGAAAAAUUGAAAAAGAUUGGAAAAUGGUUUAUUUAUGUAGAGAACACUUACAUACAAAUGGAAUUCUUUCAUGGACUAUACAAUUAAAACCUGAAGAAGAAAAAUUUUACCAGUUUCAUCAUAUAACUAUUCAAUGUCCAACAAAAGCUUUUGAUCCAUAA